AUGCCUGGUGGACGCGGUCGCGGCGGUCCCAUGCCACGAGAGGUUCAGGUCUCAAAGGCACUAAGCAAAUUGCUUCGUCACAGUGCUGAAAAGGAAGGUCUUCAAUUAGAUGAAGCUGGCUACAUCAACCUCAAAGACGUGCUAAACAACCAAAGAAUCCGGGGCCUCAAGGCCACACUCGAUGAAGUCAAGCAAAUCGUAGCAGAGAACGAUAAGCAGCGCUUCUCUUUGAUCCACAAGUCUGCCGCUGUGUCUAAAUCAGGCGUGCCAUCCGAUGAUGCAGCAACAUCUACAACUUCAGAUAUCCCUGCUCAACUUCCCGAGUCGGAUGACCCUGCAGACUAUCUGAUCCGUGCAAACCAAGGCCAUUCUUUGGAAAUUGCAUCUGAAAACCUGCUCACGCCUAUCACCGAGGAGAACAUGCCUUCGAUAGUGGUACAUGGAACCACUCACUCUGCAUGGCCUCAAAUCGUGGCCACUGGUGGUCUGAAGAAGAUGGCUCGCACUCAUGUUCAUUUCGCCUCCGGUCUUCCCGCAGGAUUCAAGUCAGAAGAUAAAGAUGGAAACGCCGCACCCGUCAUCUCUGGUAUGCGCAAUUCAUCAUCAGUUCUGGUAUACGUAGACAUCAAGAAGGCCAUGCAAGCUGGAGUCAAGUUCUGGACGUCCGAGAACGGUGUCAUUCUAAGCGAAGGAGACGAGAAUGGUGUUAUUGGACUGCAGUUCUUUAGCAAGGUUGAAGACCGUACCGGCGGACAAGGAGUUUUGGUCGAGAACGGCACAGUCCUGAAGGAUGCCCCUGAGUCGUGGACCAAGCAUAAGAAAGCCGAGAAGCCAAAAAAGCAGCCUGAUGUCAAGAAGGACGAUGGAGCUCAACAGCCAGCAUCAGCAGAAAGUGAUGGCAAACCGUCUGGUGCUGAGUUGAAGAAGCGCGCAAAGGCAGAAAAGGCGGCCAGAAGAGAGCGCGAGAAGGCUGAACAGUCUGCACAAGGUCAAGAAUAG